AGCGUCAAAGGUGGGCUGGACUCUGAAUGAUAUAUAUCAAAACUUUACAGGCGAGAGUUAAACACAAGUUACAACAGUUUACAAGAAGCCAUGUAACAUAUUAAUGCUAAAUGUAGGAUUGAGAUUGGGCAGUGUACGGUACCGGAACUUCAAAACUAUUCCAGCUAUUCAAGAAAGUGUUGAAUAAAUUGGAGGUCGGAAACACAAACAGCAUGAACUCCCAGGGCAGCUUUGCCAGUAGCUUCUUGUUGCAGUCCAUCAACGAUGAUCUGAAUGCAUCUUUGGCCACGGCAGAUGAGCUGUCUCGAGAGUUCAGCUCUCUCCUGCAGGAAGCAGCUCCAGCCGUGCCAAGCACUACUUCACAGAUUACCGUCCCCAAACCCCAAAACAGCAGCAAUGGAAGCAGUAGUUACUUUAGUGCAAACAACAAUGGAAGUAAUAGCACCGUGGGAAACUUGUCUUUUUCUCAAAGCUCAACAAGCAACCUUACCACAGAGCCCAACCAACGCACGCUGGAUUCCACCAUGAAUAGAAAAGAAUCCAACCUGGACGUACCUGUCAUGAAAUUAAGGCCUUCAUCUCCCAGUCCUUUAACCCAACAGAGCUCCCCUUUCAUUUCCAGCAAAGACUAUUCAGAUACAAGGUAUUCCUACGACCAACUGACACCCCCUAACAUGUCUCCAAAGACCCAGAGGUCUCAAGAUCGAGGCGGGAGUACAGGUAGUUAUUGGGAGCAGACCGCCGGAUCUAGCUCCAUUUAUGACAACAAAAAUACUCGUUUGAAGCAGCCUUCAAAUAGUCCCUUGGCUUUGUCUCCAAGUCCAAGGGCACCUCAGCCUUUCAGUCAACAUGGAAUCAGCACGCUACCACGCAACUUCCAACCAUUCAGAACUAUGGAGGAGGGAAUGCAGAAGCAGAAGAGCCCCUCUAAGUGGAACGAGACCGAUCUGGAUGUUUUACCUGAGAGAAAGCCUCACCACACCUUUGAUAAAAAUGAAUGGAUUAGACCGUCUGUACCCAACACUAACUGGAAAGAAUCAAAUCUGGAUGGGCCUCCUUCCACCAAAAAGGUUUCACCCUCUUACAGCUCACUCCCACGAAACACCCGUGUCACUGUGCCCCCUGAUCUCACCUCAACCAGCAGCUCAUCUUACGGUCCUCAGCCCAUCAUCUCCCGUAUCUCCAUUCCACCGGCUCUGGAAGUCCGCAAGCAUAGGCCAAUCCCACUCUCUGUCAUCAUGAGGCUUCAAAACCCCUACUAUACUUUAAAUAACACCAGAUAUACACCUGAUCCAGUGGGAGAGCACCAGCAAGGAUUUUACCAACAAGCUGUUCCUUUGCCCAGAGAGUACUUCCGGCCUGUUCAAGCACCUCAACCUCAGCAAUCUCAGAGACAACCUGCCUACUAUCGAGAAGUACUUUACCCUGGAGAUGUGGAAGCUGAGCUUGAGAAACAGGACCCAAGUAAAACCGAUGGCCCUUUAAUUGACCAAGACAAGAGACAAGAAGAGGAGGGUAAGGUGGAGGAUUCAGAGAUGCCCCCACGACCUCUCAGCCCCACACGACUGCAGCCCAUGGUGGCACCGGAAGCAGAAAUGGUCGCUGACGUAGAGGAACUGAUGCGGAUACGGUCCGAGUUCCCCAGGGCUCUGAAGAAACGUGGCUCCACUGAAAUCUCACAACCCUUGACAGAGUUGCAGAUUCCCAAGCCCAACCAUUACAAGCAGAUGAUGGGCAAACUGUUUCGCAGGAGGAGCAUCCGCAUCAAAGAGGACCCGAUUGCCGAAAGCGGAAGCUCUUCGGAUGGAGAAGAGAGUCCCAAAUCUGCUCAGAGACCGUUCACAGAGAUACAAGUCUCGGGUGAACAAAAAUAUCUUCGGUCUAUCUUGCGAAGGUCGAAAAAAGCCUCUAAACAGUCCGCACGGAGGGCUCAUCUGAACCCACUGGUGUUGAUGUUGGAUGGGGCUUUAGUGGGAGAAUUGGAAACUGUACAGAAAGCUGCACAGGAGAUAAGUGACCCAAGCAUGGCAAAUGAUGAGGGCAUCACAGCCCUUCACAAUGCUAUCUGUGCUGGACACUUCCCAGUGGUCGAGUACCUGGUACGGAUAGGGGCUAACGUUAGCGCUCCAGACAGCCACGGCUGGACGCCCCUUCAUUGUGCUGCAUCCUGUAAUGACCUGGAAAUGUGCGAGUUUCUUGUGCGGAACGGAGCGGCGGUUAUGGCUGUAACGGACAGUGAUGGCGCCACAGCAGUGCAAAAAUGUGACCCAUAUGCCGUGGGUUUCGAGAAGUGUGAGAGCUUUUUAAGAGGUGUGGAGGAUAUGAUGGGUGUGGAGAACAGUGGGGUGGUGUACGCUUUAUGGGGAUAUCAAGCCCAGGCUCCGGACGAGCUGAGCUUUAAAGAAGGAGACAUGGUGACCAUACUACAGAAGACUGAGGGUGUGGACUGGUGGUGGGCUUCACUGUGCGGCAGAGAGGGUUUCGUACCGAUCAACUACUUUGCUCUUUUCCCAAAAGUGCGUCCAAGAACAUUAUGCUAAGGGCAAAGAGACGAUCUACAGACUUCAAUUAUAAGGUUGAAUUGUGCCUGGCCGGGAAUCUGUCAUCAUACGUUUGCUUAAACGCGAGAUCUUCGUGUAGCAACACUUCUCUCUAUAAAUUGUACAUUUGGGACAGCUUAUGGAAUUCUUAGCAUUCACACUGCAACCAUUUCAGUAAAAAUGUAUCAUCUCCAAUAAUUCACAGUGAUAUCUGUGAUUGGAAGUCAUUUGCUGGGAACCAAUAUAUUCUCAACUGAGUUUACAUAAUCUUAACUAUAAAUGAACUAUUAGUAAGUGCACUUUUCAUCUGUAUAUCAGUGCUUUACAUACUACUAUACUGAUUCAUUUGGCAUUUAAGAUAGAAUUACAUCGCAUGAGCAUACCUUCAUAAUUUAGAGAAGUUUAAUCUUCAUUUGUUGGUUUGCUCAUUCUCUAUGUGUGGGACUAUUCAACGUGACUUCAUAUGUCUGUCAGUAUUGCCUUAGUCCUUGCAUACUUAGUGUGUUUUGUUUAUUAGUUGUUAUUAAUUAGUAAUGAUGAUGAAUACUGUAUGUGUUAGUGAUGCAUUUGUAUGAUUAGUGGCCUAACACAUCUGAUUAUUUACAGUAUUUUAUAACACAAUGUUAAAUGUUUUAUUGCCGUCUGUACACAACUGUUUCAUGGGGAUCUUUAUACAUGAAAUAUGAGUAAAUAUUUACUUCUGAAAGUAAGACACGUACUUAUCAUGUGGGUUGUGCACUGUUUGUUUGCUUGGAUGUAAAGAACGUUUAAUGGGGUUUAGUUGUGUUUGUUUAGUCAGUUAGUCAUAAUAACCAUUGACUGUGACUGUUAUGAGAUGAUUAGCAUUACUCUUUGUAAUACUGUUGCACAAAAAUAACUUAAAUAAAUAUAGUUGUACAUA